AUGCAGAUACAGGGGUUACACUGGCAGGAGCGAGUGGGGUGGGGGGAGGAGCGGUGGGGGGUGUUGGGGGAAGGGGAGAGGGGACUCCUGUGGGAGGAGGACGAGGAGGAGAAGGAAGAGGAGGAGAAGGAAGAGGAGGAGAAGAACGAGGAGGAGCAGGAGGAGCAGGGGACGGUGCAGAGGGUGCAGCACGGGAGAGAAGCAAGACGAAGAAACCAUCCAGACUUCGCAUGGCCAGCUAACUGA